GUGGAAACAUUAUUGGUGGUCAUGGGAAAGGCACUGGAAAUCUUGGAAUUAAGUCAGGACAUGGGAUAUGUUACUGCUUCCCAAGAGAGAACUGUUAUUGUGAGAAAGACGACAUCGAGGAGCAACUAUGUGAUGAUGUGUGCAAGACCGUGAUAGCAGGGGCAGUGCUGCUGUCCUUCAUCAUCUCUGUGCUGCUUUCUUCCUAUUUCAUCCAUCGUUACCACAAGAAUUCUCCAAAGCCACCUAUUGCCUCUGCAGAAAUGACAUUCCGGCGCCCAGCUCAGUCCUACCCCAUCAGCUAUUCUUCCACCAAUGUCCGCAGGCCUUCUUUGGAUUCCAUGGAGAACCAGGUGUCUGUGGACACCUUUAAAAUACCAGAGGAUCCGAAGUGGGAAUUCCCUCGGAAGAACCUAGUUCUGGGCAAGACUCUUGGAGAAGGAGAAUUUGGAAAGGUUGUCAAGGCAACAGCAUUCAGACUCAAGGGCAGGGCUGGCUAUACCACUGUAGCAGUGAAAAUGUUAAAAGAAAAUGCCUCCCAGAGUGAGCUGCGAGAUCUGCUUUCAGAGUUCAACCUUCUGAAACAGGUGAAUCACCCUCAUGUCAUCAAACUUUAUGGAGCCUGCAGUCAAGAUGGCCCACUGUAUUUAAUUGUGGAAUAUGCUAAAUAUGGCUCCUUGCGCAGUUUUCUCAGAGAAAGUCGAAAAGUAGGACCAAGCUACGUGGGUGGUGAUGGCAACAGAAAUUCGAGUUAUUUGGAUAACCCUGAUGAGAGAGCCCUAACAAUGGGAGAUUUGGUAUCGUUUGCAUGGCAGAUAUCACGAGGAAUGCAGUACCUUGCAGAAAUGAAGCUUGUGCAUCGUGAUUUAGCAGCCAGAAAUGUACUGGUGGCAGAAGGGCGCAAAAUGAAGAUUUCUGAUUUUGGCCUCUCCCGUGAUGUGUAUGAAGAAGAUUCAUAUGUCAAGAGGAGCAAGGGUCGGAUACCUGUUAAAUGGAUGGCCAUAGAGUCCCUAUUUGAUCAUAUCUAUACAACACAAAGUGACGUAUGGUCAUUUGGAGUCCUGCUAUGGGAGACUGUAACUUUGGGAGGCAAUCCCUACCCAGGUAUUGCUCCUGAAAGACUCUUUAACCUCCUAAAAACAGGCUAUAGAAUGGAGAGACCAGAAAACUGCAGUGAAGAAAUGUACAACCUGAUGUUGCGCUGUUGGAAGCAAGAACCUGAUAAAAGACCAACAUUUGCUGAGAUCAGCAAGGAACUAGAGAAAAUGAUGGUGAAGAGUAGGGACUACUUAGACCUUGCAGCUUCCACGCCUUCCGAUUCCUUACUUUAUGAUGAUGGGCUCUCAGAAGAGGAGACACCCCUCGUGGACUGUAAUAACGCUCCCCUCCCUCGAACCCUCCCUUCCACAUGGAUUGAAAACAAACUCUAUGGUAGAAUUUCACAUGCAUUUACUAGAUUCUAGCAACACAAAAAAAAAAAAAAAAAUUUUUUCCUUCUGCACUGUUCUCAGACUCUGUAACCCCAUUACAGUGUUUCUUGUCUGAAUGAAGCCAAUCAAAAUUUGCUUGGAAGCUUCUUUUGGG